CCUACUAUGUAAUAUUUCAAACUUAAAGAAAUACAGGUAGUGCUAUUGGCAGUGGUGUAUUAUUUAUAGAAACAGCGCAAGGCAACAUUUAUAGAAACCAGUAUGUGUCUACAACAUCAUCAGCGUAGCGGUAAAUUUCAGCUUUUCAUUACAGGCUAAAUAAGCAGUAAGUUAGUAAAGUUCCUAAGUCACUAGCUUGAGUGACUGUGAACCACGUUCAGGGCAAGUCAAAACGAUAUGAAUCAGUUCUGAGAAGUUCACCUCUGGGUCAUGUGACGCGCUGGGUGUUCAUUUGGAGAAUGAGGCCAUCGGACAGACAGGUGACAGCAAACACACCAGUCAGAGGCUGCCAGGCUCUGGCUCUGGGCUGUUCUCUGGGUCAACCCCAAAUAUAUCACGUAACACCUCCCUGAAAUAGCCCCGUCCGCACAAACAACCCGCAUUAAGCGCCUAAUUUCCCUCAGAAGCACGCGCUCGGCCCGCGACUUAGGAACCAUGGCCUACGUGGCACCCAGGGUGAAGUGGCGCAAGGCGAAGACCUACCGCAGCGACGUGAUCGCCACGGCCAAGGCCGCGGGCUGCGUCCUGCGGUUCUGGAACUCGCUGCUGGUCGGGGAUGAGCUCACGCUGCUCAGCGUCCUGGUGGACGACGAGUGCGGCUACCUCGUCAACGCCGUUUAUGACACCAGCAACAUAGAGGAGUGGAAGAACUUCCGAUACAACUACAGAGGCCUCAGACUCUGGUCGCUGACGUACGAGCAGGAGCUGACCACCCCGCUCCACAUCACGGCGGGCCGAGGCUUCGCCGACUGCCUCAGGCUGCUGCUCCAGCGCGGCGCCGACGUGGACCUGGCGCCCGGCGGCACCAGCGCCCUGCACGAGUCCUGUGACAGCUGCCAGGCCGAGUGCACCGAGCUGCUGCUGCUGCACGGCGCCAACGCCAACGCCGUCUCUGAGGAAGGGCUCAUGCCUUUGCACGUGUGCACCAGCCCGGAAUCCCUCGAAUGUGCCAAGUUUCUCCUUCAGUACGGUGCAGCCGUCGAUGGCCGCACGGCCGACGAGAGCGACACCCCGCUGCACGUGGCGGCCCGGCGCGGCCUCCCGGAGCACGCCGAGCUGUACCUGCGCUACGGCGCCGCCGUGGACAGGCUCAACGACGAGGGCUGCACGGCGCUGAACGCGGCGUGCGCCCACCCCCAGGAGCUGCCGGACCUGCAGCGGUACUUCAGGGUGUGCGGCAGGCUGCUGGAGGCCGGGGCCCGGGUGCACGCCGCGGACCAGGACAGGCACAGCCCUCUGCACAUGGCCUGUAAGAACGCCAACGCGGACGUGGUGGACCUGCUGCUGGCCAACGGCGCCUGCGUCAACGACAUGGACUACGGCGGCGAGGCGCCCAUGCACAACAUCCUGAAGGUGGUGUGUUACAAGGCCGCGCAUCAGCCCGAGAGGAUUGUGCGCGCGCUGCUCAACCACGGGUCCAUCAGGGUUUGGCCCGGAGCUCUGCCCACGGUUCUGAAGCACUGCUCUGGGUCGCCGCGCACCAUCGAGGUUCUUCUGAACGCCUACACUCACCUGAAGGUCACGGACUCCUGGGUCGAGGCCGUUUCUGCGGAGACUUUUAAGGAGCACAAAGAGUUCUACGAGUCUGUGUUCUCCUUGGCGAUGGCUCCUCGCUCCCUGCAGCACCUGGCGCGCUGCAGGCUCAGGGGCCUCCUGGGGAACCGCGUCCACAGCGUGGUCCCCAAGCUUCAGCUGCCCACCUCCAUCGAGAACUACUUGCUCCUAGAGUGCAGAGGCUAUGUCCACUGAACGCGGGUGAUGUGUGUGAGUCUCGGUGACGUCACCUAGGAAGGAAGCGGCACCUAGAGAGCAGGAUGCACUGAAUGUUUGAAAUGCAUGUCUAUGCUACGUGGAAGCCUCUCAGCAGGGAAAAGCUACGUGUUUGUCGUUGCACCACGAGGGGGCGCUAAAGACUACAGUUGAUCAAGUCUAAAGAAUGAGCUAUUAUUUGUUUUUAUUUUGUUUAUUUUAUAAUCACAUUUUUUAGGUCUGCACUUAAUAGUAGAUUGUUGUAUUGCCUGUAUUUUUACAUUUUACUCUUCAUAGUUAGAUGAUAAUGAUGUUAAUACGCACAAUUAUUAUAUGGUGACCAUCCAUGUGCCAGCUAAUAUUUGCAUAAACAAUUAUUCCCACCGAUAUGAUGAUUGUAUUUAGGUGUUUUAUAUCUAAAUUAAGCUAAAUACCAUAUUCCUCAGUGGCAACAUAAUCGGUUUAUUGUAUUUUAUUAUUUCCUGGUUUUUAAUCUCUCUUUUCUCCUGCUUCUCUUUCCCCUUAAUGUCGACUGGUCGCUUUUUAUUACCGGUUUUUAAUUAAACAACAACACUUCAAUUGAAUUUGAGGAAAGUUUGAAUUCAAAAUCAAAUUGAAGACGAGCAAAGCAAAUAAAACGAAACGUGUUUUAUUUUGCAAUGACAGGUAA